ACAACCAUGUCAUGGGGAGUGGGCUGUCUCAAGAGGCCGCACCCUAUGUCUCCUGCCCCUUCUACAGACUCUGUAGCUCUGCCCAUUAGUACAAUAGCAGCCUCCAGGAGGAGAUGCCAUGACCUUCACCUUCACAGCCCUGCUCUGUCUGGGACUGGCUCUGGGCCUUGGGACACCAGUGCUGGCAGGAAUUCCACUGAAACCUGUGCUAAGAGCACAGCCAGACUAUGCUGUCCCCGAGAAUUCGACAGUGACCUUGCUGUGUGAGGGGACCAUGGGAGCUACAUACUAUAAUCUGUAUAAAAAUGGAAAACGAUAUUCACUGCACACAGAGCUUUUACAGAAUAACAGCAAGGCUGCAUUCUCAAUAUCAAAAAUAGGUCCUCAUGAAGCAGGUAGAUAUUUCUGUGAAUAUUGGACCAGUGAUGGAUGGUCAGGGUACAGUGACACCGUGGAGCUCAUGGUGACAGGGGCCUCCAAUAAACCCAGCCUGACAGCCCAGCCCAGCCCUGUGGUGACUGAAGGAAUGAAUGUCACCCUCCAGUGUGUCUCAAGGCAACCACAAAACAGUUUCAUUCUGACUAAGGAUGGACCACCAAAGAGCUCUUCGACGCUGGGAUCACAGUAUAACCACUCUACUGAUCCUUAUCAGGCCCUGUUUUCUGUGGGUCCUGUUACCUCCAGCCAAAGGUGGACAUUCAGAUGCUAUGGCUUUAAUAAGAACAGCACACUGGUGUGGUCAGAACCUAGUGAGCCCCUGGAGCUCCUGUUCUCAGGGUCCCUCCACAAACCCACCCUCAGGGCUGAGCCAGGCCCUGUCAUCGCCUCAGGAAGAUCCAUGAACAUCUCCUGUCAGGGGACUCUGGAUGCAGAAAUGUGUUUUCUGCAUAAAGAGGGUACACAGACCACAAAGGAGCUUGGGAACAAGUGCACACGCUCCAUUCCUUCUGUGGCACAGCAACAUGCAGGACAGUAUCGCUGUUACUGUUACAGCUCAGCUGGCUGGUCAGAGCGCAGUGACACCCUGGAACUGGUGGUGACAGGAAUGUACAAUGAUAACCCCUUCCUGACAGCACUGCCCAGCCCUGUGGUGACCUCAGGAGGGAACAUGACUCUGCAGUGUGCCUCACGGUAUGGAUAUGACAAGUUCGUUCUCACCAAGGAAGAUGAGAAAUUCUCCAGCUCCUGGGACUCACAGUAUAUAGGCAAUGGCCACCAAGCCAUAUUCUCUGUGGGCUCUGUGACCCCUGUCCACAGCGGAACAUUCCGAUGUUAUGGUUACUUAAAGAACACCCCACAGUUGUGGUCAGUACCCAGUGACCCCCUGAAAAUACACAUCUCAGGCCUGUCCAAGAAGCCCUCCCUGCAGACUCAGCAAGGCCACAUCCUGGACCCUGGAAAGAGCCUCACCCUGCAGUGUUGCUCUGACAUCAACUAUGACAGAUUUGCUCUGUACAAGGUGGGGGGAACAGACUUCACCCAGCAUCAUGGCCAGAGGACCCAGGCUGGCCUCUCAGUGGCAAACUUCACACUGGGCUCUGUGAGCAGAACUACCGGUGGCCAGUACAGAUGCUAUGGUGCACACAACCUCUCCUCUGAGUGGUCAGCCUCCAGUGACCCCCUGGAUAUAUUGAUCUCAGGAGAGAUUCCUGCAACUCCUACCCUCUCAGUGAGGCCAAACUCCACAGUACAGUCUGGAGAGGACGUGACCCUGCUGUGUCAGUCAACAAACAAAGUGGAUACUUUCAUUCUGUCCAAGGAGGGAGCAGCACAUCAACCCCAGCAAAUGAAAUCAAAGUCCCAAGAUUGGGGGUCCCAGGCUGAAUUCUCCAUGAGUGCUGUGACCUCUGCCCUCUCAGGCACCUACAGGUGCUAUGGUUCUCGAGAUUCAUCUCCCUACCUGCUGUCACAUGCCAGUGCCCCUGUGGAGCUCUCUGUCUCAGGAGAGGUGACCCUGAACUCUACAGGCCUGGAAAGGUACCUGAAGGCUCUGAUCGGAGUCUCUGUGGCCUUCCUCCUGUUCCUCUUCAUCCUCAUCUUCCUCCUCCUCCGACGAAAGCAUCAGGGAAAGUUCAGGAAGGAUGAAAGAGACAGAACUGCAACUUCCUGCAGGAGCUAUAGAGCCAGUAAUCAGACACAGAGGCCGCCAGAAGAGAUGCUUCAGUGGAGGACAAGAAACCUAAGGAUGGUGUCGAGCUGGACAUUUUGGCUGCUGACUACAAAGAGCCCCAGGAUGUGGUCUACGCCCAGCUGUGCAGCAGCUCACUCAGACAGGGGACCCCUGCACCUCCUCCUUCCCUGGCUGGAGAAGCCCCAGAGGAGCCCAGUGUGUAUGCUGCUCUGGCCGUCGCUGGACCGGGUCCUGUUCCCAAUAAGGAGGAACAAUGAUGCUCCGCCUGCCAGAAGUCCUACAGAGACCUCUGAUUGAUUCUGUGGACAUCUGGGACCUGGCUGCGUUUUAAAAAAUCAAACGCUUUGGAAAUAAAGCACAUUUCUCAAUAAUCAAGUGAAAUGAGAAAUGAGAUGGGAGGGAGGGGCUUCGCACGGAGCACUGAUUUAGUGACGUCACACAUCAAAGCCACGAAAUGAGAACAUUUCAGGCGUGGUUGCACAGAUCCGGAAUCGCAACCCAAUAAAACGUAUUUUAUUGCUUAAUAAAUACAAAACCUGGGAGGGAAAACUGGG